AUGGACGCGUUUCGACCCCAUGUUAUUAUGGGAGCAUCGAAAGGCGGCGUGUACAUAGUCGGCCUCUGGCGCAGAGGCUACUGGAGAGGGCCCACGGUGCUGAUCAACGCGCAUCCGACGUGCCGCCAGAUCCCGGAGGAGGCCAACGUUGUUGUGGCCGUGGGCUCCAACGACGAGGUCUACCCGGUGCAGCGGCCGGAUCUCGAGGCUUUGAUGCACACCGGAGGGCAGAACAAGACGUUUUUGUACUGGACCGCAGACAGCGGGCGGCUGCCCUCAGGACAGAUCUCGCGGCAAGGCGACACCCACAACCAGGAGUCUCUGCUCCACCACGACGUCCUCCCUCGGCUCAUCGAUGCGACCCUCUGCAAGGAGGGUCCAGAAAUGCACUUUCAUCGGACCUGGAAAGAGAGGCUCUCUCGAGAGAGAAACAAUGCCGAGCUGUGGCUAGGCUACAGCCCCGAGCAGAUCAUGCGGCUAUGGUCUACAAAUGGCCAUCAGAGUGGAAAGCAUCUGCACGAUGUGCCCAUGGGAACGGAGGAGUACAGGAUGGUCAAUGCCGCUUUUAAGGCGUUGCCGAUAGAGCAGCAGGCCUACAUCCUCUCGCCUCCAGAGACCUGGGCACCUGUGCGAGCUUUACGGAUCCAGCGCGUGGAGAACGGGCCACAGGGCGAUGCCUCCUGGAAGCCCUACUACAAGUCGCUCCUGCGGUCUUUGGAAGACCAGGGCGUUGAGUUCGAGCCCGGCACCCACACGUGUUGGGCCUUUCACGGUUGCAACAACGAGGCCUUGGAGUCGAUCGUGAACAACCCGGUGUGUGGUUUCCAGCCCUUGGCUUCUGGAACUCGCAGCACAACGCUGUGGGGAUCUGGGACAUACUUCGCCCGGGACGCCAAGUACGUGGCCGACGGGGGCUUCUGCGGUGCCCCCAACGCCGAUGGCACGCGGAGGAUCGGAGCCUGUGCCCCUCGCACCAGCUGUUGGCGUUGA